AUGACCCCCCCAUCACAGCCCCUCGAAUUCACCAUCUCCCCCAACCUCAGCGCAGCCCUUUGCCGCUUCUUCCACUCCCAGCUCUUCAUCACCCCCCCAACCCCCAUCCACUCUUUCACCCACCAAACCAUCAUCAUAACCGGCGCCACCACCGGCCUGGGCCUCGAAGCAGCACGCCACUUCUACCGCCUCAACUGCGCCCGUCUGAUCCUCGCCGUCCGCACAGUCCCAAAGGGCCAGUCCGCAAAAGAAGACAUAGUGCGAAGUGUCAAGACGCGUUCAGACCCCGCUUCCAUCGAUGUCUGGCCCCUCGAUCUAAGCAGCACAGCCUCAACAAUUGCCUUUGCGGACCGCGUCAAGAGCGAGCUGUCGCGCGUGGACGUCCUCGUGGAAAAUGCCGGCAUUAACACGGGGAUCUUCGCCCUUGUGGAGGGCUAUGAACGGACGGUUCAGGUGAAUGUGUUGAAUACGUGUCUAUUGGCGUUAUUGUUAUUGCCCAAGCUUGAGGAGACGAAGAAGAUGAAGAAGAUGAAGAAGAAGAAGAAGAUUGUUCUGGAUUCUCGGCCUCAUCUUGUGGUUGUCAGUUCCGAGGCCCAUCGACUGACUUCGUUUCCGGAGAUUAAUGCCCCGGAUAUUUAUGCCAGGAUGAAUGAGAGGGAGGUGUUUGGUCAGCAGCGACGCUAUCAAGCCACAAAACUUAUCGAAAUCCUCUUCAUUCGCGAACUCGUCACCCGUCUAAACCAGAACACGAAGACAGAGACUGCAACCCCAACCCCCCCAGUAAUCAUCAACCUCGUCAACCCCGGCCUAUGUUCAACCGCUCUCGGCACCGAUGGCAAAACAUCCCCUCUGCUUGUGCGACUUAUUCGCCGCUUCAUUGACCGCACCACCGAGGUCGGUGCCCGGACCUUUGUCCUUGCGGCUUCAGCCCCGGCUAGCUCCCAUGGCGAGUUGCAGAGCGACGGGGUCAACCAGAAUGUGGAGUCGUGGAUCUACGAGGAUGUAGGGCGGAGGGCGCAGGAGAAGGUGUUUGAGCAGACGAUUGGGAUUCUGGAAGAGAGGAGUCCGGGGAUUGCAUGGGGGGUUACUAGGUAGUAGGCCUUAAGGAGGAGGAGUCUUGGUGGUUUGGAUGAGAUUAAGUGUUUGGUGAAGUGGCUUUC